GACAUCAAGAAACCGGGUUGAAAAGGAUUUCCUCUGCCUGGUUCAUACUUUUCUACGAAUACAGUAUACCCCGAUACUCUGCGAGUAACUGGUAUCCCGCAGCCGAUACGAGACUACAGCGUUCACUCCAUUUGGGAUACCCGAGACGGCUGUGACGACUCCAAGUGACACUUCCUUCAUUCCGAAAGCCAAAAAGUCACAAUCCGAGUCCCGGUCCAAAAUACAGGUCGAAUAUCGUAUCGAAUCCAAAUUUUAAUCUCUCUUUUAAGUUCGCAGCUGCGCCCAUCCGGUCCACAACGAUCCAAAGAUGUCUGACCAGUUCAACUUCAACGACGCCUUCAACAGCCAGACCAUGCGUGGUCGCGCCAAUGUAGCCAAGGCCACCUGGGCCUCCAUGGGCCUCGUCUACGCCCUGGUCAAGUUGCACCGCCGCAACUCGAAGCGGCGUGAGGCGCAGCUCUACUGCAAGGGCUGCCAGCAGGCCAUGCUCCAUGCCUAGUCCAGCCCCUUGUGCCCACUCCUCCGGCCCGUGCCCAAUCAAAAACUAGUUACUAUCCCGUUCCCGUGUAAUCCCCGUUUCCAGGUGCCCGAUGACCGAUGACCGAUGCCCGAUGCCACAGCUUCAGGCUUGGGGCCAAAACUCAUGUACCUUGUUCAAUCAAUAAAAUUCGAGUCUUGCCAGAUUCUGAACAGAUUUUGAGCUAUAGUAGGCCCAGCUU